AUAGAAGGUUUAUUUGACAAGAGCAAUUUGAAAGAGACUUGUAUGAUCUUUCAAAAGUCGGUCCACCGUUUACCAGUACGCUGUUUCUUCUCUCUCGAAGCCGCCUUGCUUUAAAUCAUUGUCGAAUUCACAUUUUAGUUGUGAUUUUUUAAGGUUAUAUAUGAGUUUUCCGCAUGCUGCAGUUCAAUAAAUCAGGCAUCUAUUUAUUAGCGCACAAUUUGAUUUGUCUUCUCUUGGUUGUUAAGAGGUUUUCUUGAUUCCCUGCCGUUGUCUUGUAAUAAUUGGACUUAUCGUUUUAGGUUGGGAUGCUUUGUGUCGGAACUUUUGGGAUUUUAAAUUGACAGUUUUCUGUGAUUCACUUUGUGGUGUAGGAGGGUUUGAUAAUUGUGAAUUUUUUGGGGGAUUUUUGCUGAUUUUCUUACUUGGAUGGGAAAUAAAAAUUCGAGCCCUAGAGAUGAAGGUAGUUGGAGGCAACCUUCAACAACUAGGACUAGUUCUUCUUCUGGAUGGACGCACGACUCUGCUCAUGCAACAUUUUCGCAGUAUGCACAAAAUUAUCCUAAGCCGAAUCAACCUUCAACGACUGGUUCUAGUUCAUCUGCAGGGCUGCAGCAUGAUGACAUGAACAUUGAAUCUUCGAAUUCAUAUCAUCAUGAUCAGAGGCCCCCUGUAGCGCCUUUAUAUCCAGCAGGAUAUCCCCCGAUUGAGCAGUUCUAUGCUACGCCCCAAUAUUAUGCACCUCCAUCACCUACACCCGAACCAUACCAUUUGCUCGAUCCUACAGUACAUGUACCAAAAAAGAGGCUUGAUAAGAGGUAUUCGAGGAUUGCUGACAACUAUCAUUCGUUACAGGAGGUGACUGAAGCUCUUGCACGAGCUGGUCUUGAGUCUUCAAACCUAAUUAUCGGGAUUGAUUUUACUAAGAGCAAUGAAUGGACUGGCAAGAAAUCAUAUAAUGGACAAAGCUUACAUCACAUUGGAAGUGGUCUGAAUCCCUACGAACAAGCCAUAACUAUUGUCGGGAAAACCUUGGCAGCUUUUGAUGAUGAUAAUUUGAUCCCCUGUUUUGGGUUUGGAGAUGCAUCAACUCAUGAUCAAGAUGUAUUUAGUUUUUAUCCUGAUGGAAGGCAUUGCAAUGGAUUUGAAGAAGUUCUACACCGUUACAGAGAGCUUGUUCCCAAUCUCAAGCUGGCAGGGCCAACAUCAUUUGCACCAAUAAUCGAAAUGGCUAUGACUGUUGUUGAGCAGAAUCGGGGCCAGUACCAUGUUUUAGUGAUUAUUGCAGAUGGACAGGUCACAAGAAGUGUUGAUACUGAAUAUGGUCAGUUGAGUCCACAGGAGCAGAAAACUGUUCAAGCAAUAGUUGAAGCUAGCAAGUUGCCUCUAUCCAUCGUUUUGGUUGGUGUUGGAGAUGGCCCAUGGGAUACGAUGAAGGAAUUCGACGACAAUAUCCCUGCACGGGAGUUCGAUAACUUCCAGUUUGUCAACUUCACGGAGAUCAUGGCUAAAAAUACUCACCAAACUCGAAAGGAAACAGAAUUUGCUCUUUCAGCAUUGAUGGAAAUCCCCACUCAGUAUAAAGCAACGAUGGAGCUUAAUCUGUUGGGUGGAAGGAAAGGGCACAUUCCGGAGAGAAUUGCACUUCCUCCUCCCAUCUACGGCGCUGCUGCAUUUGGCAGCAGUUCAAAGCCCUCGCCUGCAGAUACUUUUCAGUACAACCCUAGUUCGUACUAUGAGUACACUGCUCGUGCUGCUACAGCUCCUUCUGCUCCGAGUUCUAAUUAUGAACACCAGGUAAAUACAAACAAAAUACAUAUAUUUUGUAGGGGUAAUUGCGCAUGCACUAAGCUCAGCCUGACAGCCUCUAAAUACACGAAUUUUCAAUUGUUCUUAUUUUUCACAAGGUUGUCGAUUGCCCCCAAAUUAAUGUUGAAGUAGAUGCCUGAAAUGUCUACAUAGCUUAAACGAUCAAUAUAAUAAACGAUGUAGUUGGAUAUGUGCGCCACUUCAGCUAGUCAAGCAUUAUUUGCCACUUCUGUUAGCCACAAUAACAUUAAUUUGCCAGAAAUUGACAACUGUGUGAAAAAUCAGAACAAUUGCAAAUUCAUGUAAUUUGAGGUUUUAGUCUAAGUGCAAAAUCAGAAUUAGGUGAAUGUUCGUGUAUUUAAGCGCAAUUACCCCUAAUUUGUAAUAUCGAAUCUGCCCUCUUCAACUGCUUCGUCCAUCCAAUCCAAGAAUUAAACUAUGAACGCGUUUUGCAGAUUUGUCCCAUAUGUCUUAGUAAUCCGAAGGACAUGGCCUUUGGCUGCGGUCAUCAGGUAAUCUAUUUAUUCGAUUUGUAAUUCAAGAAGAUGCAAUGGCAAUGGCACCGAGUUAAAUCUCUUUGUAUUUUCAGACGUGUUGCGAGUGUGGGCAAGAACUUCAGCUGUGUCCAAUCUGCCGGAAUCGGAUAGAGACGAGAAUAAAGCUUUACUGAAGCUUAGCUAGUCCAAUGCAACGGUACUAACCCUACCGCCAAAUUCUUUAUAUUGGUUUUCAACGUCAUAGAAAUGAAGCCAUAGAAUGAUGAAAUCUGAUCAGGGACGCUGAUUGAUUGAUUCAAGAAUUUUACUGCUUCGAACAAGAUUUGUUUGUAAAUACUUUGUUGAUACAGAAUAUUAGUAUUUCUCUAGUCGGAUUUGCAGAUGUGAAUACUUUCUUUUUUUUUUUUUUGAGAAGAGAUGUGAAUACAUUUGUUUUCUAAUUUUUUAAUUUUUAUUCACUGCUGUAUUUUUA